AUGGUCCCGCUCUCGGAACCCCUCCCCUCCGACGACGAUGUCAUGGUGGUCUCCGGCUCCGGUCUCGACGAGCAUGCCCGGCGCAGUCGCUCCAAGAGUCGUCGGAUCUCGCCGCAGUCGUCCGCCCGCGAUCUCCCAUCGCACCCCGUCGCCAACCCCGGUCACCCCAGUCGCCCCAACUUCUCCCUCAGCUCCGUCACCGCCAUGGCAAAACCCUCCCACUGGACCUCCGGCCAUGUCUCCAGCGCCAGCGGCGACUCCGGGUCCGCCACCCUGACCGAUGACUCGGGCAGUCUCCAGUCCAACGUCAGCGUGGGCGAGCCCAUGACGCCGCCGACCACGCCGCCGUCCAGCGAACCGCACCUGAACCUCGCCCACAGCCCCAAGACCCGCACCGAGAACCCGUGGAAGAAGAUGGGGCUGAAGCUGGGGUUCAAGAAGCGGUCCGGCACGGGGAGCAACAUGAAGCUUCCCUCGAUGGAGGAAUGA